AUGUUUCCGUUAAAUGGGCCACGCGCGUCUCCGUCGGGCUUUGUGGACCUCUCCAGCCGCAGCUUUGCACUAUGGUGGUUCAUCAUUCUUGCAGUGCACUUGGUAACUUGUGGAUAUAACGCGAUCUACGCGCUCGUCUACUGGAAACUGCAAUCGACCUACCUCUAUCUCUGUCUCGAGUUCGUCGGAAUCGGGAUGGCGGCCACUGAUCAUCCUGCUAUUGCUAGUGAUGGCUGUAGUGCACGGCAUAUUCUUACUCUCAAUGAUCGUCGUUUAUCUGUUGCGAAGCAGCUCUCCUCUCGCAUCUACUCCGAAAUUUGGGAUCGCGAGGGCCUGCUGGGCGUGAACGGGAAGAAGUUCCACGCGAUUCUUGUCGCCCGUAAAGUUGUGGAGAUAACACUUCAGACAGUGCAAGCGUAUCGAAUGAGGUGGUUCCUACCACGAAAGGUGCUCAACCGGUUUUACCUGAGUCUGCUAGUUAUGAACUGCUGGUCUUCUGUGCUACUGGUCCUAUUCCGACGAAGCGAAGCCCACAGGCGGUUCGCUAGUCUCGUUUGGGACUGCAUGCUCGAUCUUAUUACUUUCAUUGGCAUACCCUUAAUCAUCGUACUCAGCUACGUGAGCGACUACGACACGGAAACCCAAGGCUUCGAUAUGUUGAAAUGGUACGAUGACGAAUGGACUGCUGUACUGCUAAACGAGGUUCAAAUGGUGGUCGUCGUCUCUUGGUCGGAUUUGGCGAGUCGCACCAUAUUUUCGCUUGGAUUGGUUUUCGUCACGGCAAACAUGAAGGAGCUACUUCGGAGAGCACCAGGCAUAAAACGCAUAGGUGCGGUAACAAACAAAAUUGUGGUUCGUAACAAAGCUGACAACCACGGUCCGGCAGCUCUUCCAGCCUCGAAAGGUGCCGCGGUGGCUUCUGCCUCCGUGAUUGCGAGAUUUAGCCGUAACUAUCGUGGCACGGGGUUGCGAACCCGUUUCGGGCACAGAAUGCUGCAAGCUACGCACGUGUUGUUCGGUGUUUGGGGAGUUGUGGUGCUGGCACCACAUAUUCAGGCUGCGGUGAUGCCUACUCUACCUCAAUGUUCGCUGCAAGUCCAUCCUUGGGGGUUAUCAAGACCAGCUUGCUAUUUAGUGGUUCUCGAUUGCCAUCAACUCGAAAUCUCGGGAAAGAGGGAUGAAGUUGAGGCAAAGUGGGGUGAAUUCGACCGAUCCGCCGUGGUUGCGUUACUAAUUCGUCAUUGCCCUGCUCUCGAAGUUCCUGACUCAUUCAACGAGUUUCGUCGUGUGACCAAUGUCAAGCUGUACAAUUCAACCAUCCAGCAAUGGGACGCCUCUGCAGCCAUCACUAAUACCCACCACCCGAACGUUGUUUGGCUGUACGUGAUCCGAGUCAAUAUGACCAACGGUGUCCUCCCCGCUGGGCUUCAAUCAACCGAUUUCCCGCUCACAUUGCAAGACAUUGAGUUCUGCUACACAAAUUUGCGCGAGCUGCCCGACGACCUCGAGUUCAAACGGCUGCUGGGAUCAAUAGUUUUCAUCGAGCACAGUCAACUCACUUCCGUGCCACCGGCGCUGAUCCGGCUAGAGCCUUACUAUGUCUCGCUGACUGGAAACCCAAUCACCGAGCUUUCGCCAGACAUCUUUGAAAUCCCAAGCAUAGCAUAUCUGAUACUGGGUGAUAUUGACAUUGUGGAGCUGCCCCGCGAUGUUCCGAACCUCUCUCCGAUGCUGUUCUCGAUUUACUUGAGUGACACCAAUGUAUCCUUCUUCUGGUCGUGGAUCGACGCAUUGGUUUUGCGGAAUUCAGAGCUUGGAGAACCAACAUUGUUCUUGGGAGGAUCGACGUACUGCACCGAGCUGGCAAUGCUAAUGGAUGGAGAGGCGUCGUCUUUUGGCGUGAAAGAAUCGGAGGGAUAUUCCGAAAUACUCGUGGAUCCGUCGGAUGCAACUCGCGACGUGAUACUAAAUACUGUUAGCUGCGAUGAAGCGUACACAGCAACGUUUUACCCGAUUGAUGUCGAAGAUGCGAACAGCGCUAUCGUGAAUUCAGCUUAG